AUGAAUCUGAAUAAGGUUUUUGAGACUAUGUUGUUAGAGGAGGAGGAUGUACCGGUCAACUUACCGGAUCUACCGCAGUAUAGUGCGCUAGAAUGCAAUAAGUUGAGUGUGAUUGGAAGGACUUUAAACCCUGACAGUCAGAGGAUGAAAGAUUUGAUUCUGGACAUGCCAAGGAAGUGGCAAGUGUAUGAUAGAGUUCGUGGAGUCGCUCUAUCUCCAACCAUGUUUCAAUUCAUAUUCAAAUAUGAACAUGACUUGGACGAGGUGAUGCGGAAGAGGAGAAGCCGCGAGGAUGAUUAUUUGAAGUUUCUACUGGUGUGGGUUCAACUUCGGAAUAUUCCAGUGAAUCACUACACAAAAGAAGCUAUAGAAGCCUUUGCGGAUGUGUUGGGAAAAGUGAAUGUGGUAGCUUUUGAUCCAAACAAGGCGCAGAGCAAUGACUAUGUCAGGGUUCGGGUUUUCUUUGAUGUAUCACGACCUGUGAGGAAAACAAAGGUUUUCAACUUACCAAAAGGAGGGGCAGUGACUAUUCGUUACGACUUUGAGAGAUUGCAAAAAAGAUGUUACCAUUGUCAACGACUCACUCAUGAAAAGGAUAAGUGUCCUAUCUUAGUCCAACAGAGGAAGGAUCAAGCGGUGGAGCGACAACAUGAGAGAAUAGCGGCUGAAGAAGGAGAAAGGCGUAUAAGAGAGGAAAGGGUGAGGAAGUCUGUUCAGGAUUUGAAGGAUAAUCCGAUUGGACAAAGAGACUUUUUGAGGUUGGAGGCUCCCCCUAUGAUAAUACAAGAUGUGGACAAAGAUAAGGGUAUUGUUUUUGACUACUCUUUGAAGAACGUGGAGGAGCAUAUCGCUAAACGUAAGGAGCAAGGUAGGGCCAAAACUCUUACAAUAAUGUCGGAGCCAUGGGAAGGGAGAGCAGCUGCUGAUAUUUCUCUGGAAGUUUUCGAUAGUUCAACGGGUUUUAGCACUGGUGUUACAAAUGCUAACUCUUCCGGGACUUCGAAACUAAUGGGAGGGAAGCGGUACAGGCCACCAAAGAGGAUGAGAAGGUUCAAGCCUAAGCCGAGAGGUUCGUUUAGCGCUGAAGAAAAGGGGAAGAGUAUUGAUCUGGAAACAGAGAAGACUGUGGUCAAGAGAAGAGCUGCAGAGGUUGCGGGAGAAUUCAUGAGAGUAGCGAAAAGGUCAAACACAGAGGUGGUCCCGCAUGAGGGACUGCCCAAUCAAUAA